AGGAAAAAGAAUAUAAAAGUGAAAUCAAGUUCAAUUCAACGCAGCUCACCAACAUCCCAGCUAUUUAUGUCUUAAUUUCCCCGGAAAAUAAUAUUCGAACCCGAAAUCCGCGUGAUUUCAACAUUAGCAUGUGAGGCUGGACACAAGUUGUCCUCUUAACCGCCGCGGUUGCUUCCCGGCGCUCCAUCGCCGGUCCAGAUCCCUCUGGCUCCCACACGCUGGCCGGUGCUAGCUCUGUUUCCAAUUAAUUAUAUAUAUAUAUAUAUUAAAUGCUUAUGCAUAAUUUAUUGAAAACUUCCAAGCACAUUCACUUUUCUAUUCCACUUUCACAUUCACACAAUUAAAAUCUUUCUCCGUCUUCCUUCACAUCACACUCUUCUCUCAUCCAAUCUUCACCGUCACAUCACGAUAACCUGCGAACUUUCUGCAAAAUGGGCUUGUAGUUACUGCACUUGUUUAGUUCGCAGAGAAAGAGAGGCUGUGUCUUACAAUGAGAGUAUGGUUCAGCAAAGACAAUCAGGGAUGGAGAGGAUUGGCAUUCGGGGAAGCCACGAUCUGCACGAUGCAAACGGCGCGGCGGAUCACGUGACCAUUGGGGUUUAUGCGCCGGCGCAUAAGCAGCCGCGGCUCCGGCGAUCUGUGCGAUCCGACUGGACCCGCAAGCUAACGGCGGGGCUUAUUUUGGUGUUCCUAUUCCUCGCGCUUGGCGUCACUGUCAUAGCGUACUAUUACCUCUCUCUAGACGACGAACUAAACAGAGAUGGUGAUGAGAGUGAUGAUUUGAAGAAUGAUUCUGAUUUUCUCAUAAAUGUGCCACGAAUAGAGAGGAGCAGAGUCCUUGAGUUUGGGAAUGUUUCAGUGGGUCAUGGCCGAGAUUCAAGGUAUUGGGAUAGAGAUGAUAGGCGAAGGGAUGGAGAUUACAAUGAAGAUGUGGUGGAGCAAAUCAGCAAGGGUGAAAAUAUUGAUAAAAGUAGUGCUACUGAUAAGAUGAAUGGCAAUAUAAGGUCUUCAAAUGGUGAUUCUCGCAAGGAUUCAGAUAAAAGAGGUGUUGGCUUGUAUAAUGAAGCAGGGCGUCAUGAAUUGAAAAAGUAUGAAGCAGAAUAUGAGGCCUCUUUGAAGAAUGCAGUAGACUUAACUGAGAAUAAUGACAAAAUGUCUAAUGAUGCUGGUAAAGAAAAGAUGAAUUCAUUAAUUGAUGUUGAUGAUGAGUAUGAUGACUUCUCUGAUUCUCAGGAUACUGGAAUGGAAGACUAUGGGGACAGUAGAAAUACUGGGUUGAAGCAUUCUAAUUCUAACAUGCUAAAAUUUGACAAUGAAAUUCAUGGAGAAUCUCUUCAUUUUUCUGAUCAUGGAAUUAAGGAUGAUAUUCUUUCUGACAUUGCUGAGGGAAACAUUUCCUUAAACAGAAAAACCUCCCAUCCCGUGAAAGGAAAUUCUCAACAAGUUGGUCAUGAAGAUGGACAAUUGAUGAAAAAAGAAACAAAGAAAAAACGCAAACGCCGCAAGUUUUCAGGAUCUUGUGAGAUUAAGCUGUUAAACUCAACAUCACAACUUGUUGAGCCUUUGGAAAGUCGGAAAUUUGUCAGAUUUAACUUGCAGUAUACAGAAAGAGAAGAGAAGCCUUUGGGAGAUGAACAAUGGGUGCCCAGAUUUGGAGGGCAUCAAAGCUUAGAAGAGAGGGAAAAGUCAUUUUUGGCUCAGGAUCAAAAUAUCAAGUGCGGCUUUGUCAAAGGUCCAGAAGGUCCGCGAAGCACUGGGUUUGACUUGUCAGAAGAUGAUGCAAAUUACAUUAGCAGAUGCCAUAUUGCAGUUAUCUCAUGCAUUUUUGGAAAUUCUGAUCGCUUGAGGACACCAGCUACUAAAGCGGUCACUCGAGUGUCGAGGAAAAAUGUCUGCUUUGUAAUGUUUAUCGAUGAAGUUACCCUGCGAACACUUGUGUCUGAUGGUCAUGAGCCUGACAGAAUGGGUUUCAUUGGAUUCUGGAAAUUGGUGGUAGUGAAGAAUCUACCCUAUGAUGACAUGCGGAGAGUGGGAAAAAUACCUAAAUUGUUGCCACAUCGGCUUUUUCCUUCUGCAAGGUAUUCAAUCUGGUUGGACAGCAAAUUGCGUCUCCAGCUUGACCCCUUGCUUAUCUUGGAAAACUAUUUGUGGAGAAAAGGAUACGAAUUUGCUAUAUCCAAUCACUAUGAUCGGCAUUGUGUUUGGGAAGAGGUUGCACGAAACAAGAAAUUGAACAAGUACAAUCAUACUUUGAUAGAUCAACAAUUUGCAUUUUAUCAGGCUGAUGGACUGAAAAGAUUUAAUGCAUCUGAUCCAAAUAAGCUUCUCCCCAGCAAUGUACCUGAAGGUUCCUUUAUCAUCAGGGCACACACUCCAAUGACUAAUUUGUUCUCCUGUCUUUGGUUCAAUGAAGUUGACCGGUUUACUCCUCGUGAUCAGCUAAGUUUUGCAUACACUUACCAGAAGCUGAGAAGGAUGAACCCUGAUAAACCUUUUCAUCUUAACAUGUUCAAGGACUGUGAGAGGAGACACAUGGCCAAACUAUUUCAUCACAGAGUGGAUGAAAAACGUCGACAAAAAGCCACGGAGUAAAGCUGUCCAUACGCUGAAGUUUCAGCCACAUAAUUUAGUGACUCGAUGGUACAGCACAGGUGUUUCCAAGAGGAGCUGACUGUUGGUAGCCAUACCACACACGAUUAUCAGAAUUUUUUGGUAUGCUUUUUAUAUUUUUAAUAUAUAUAUAUUUUCUGUAUCAAUUCAUUACAGUAAAUUCAUUUCUUCCUCUGGGAAGUAAAGAGAACCUCAAAAUGACCUCCUGUCCAUCACCCACAGCAGCUCCUAGUCAUUCUCUCUUUCAUAAUUCUGGGAUUGCUUUGUUGUUGUAUGUAGAAAAUUUUGAUAUGAUAGGUCAUUCAUCCUCUUGUCAGGAAUCAGACUUGUAUGAUUCUUUUCUCACUGAUUUAUCAAUCAACUAUUCUUUAUAUUUUCAUGGUAACGACUUAUAAAUAUUUAUUUUGUUCCUCUGGA